AUGCGAUUUGUGGAACAAGAAAAACCUACUACUAAUCUCCUUUCUUCUGGUGAUGAUAUGAGGAACAAUCGGUCGACAACUAGUUACUGGAGUUCACCUUAUCCGGGCUCUGGUAGUAUUCCUAAGUUUGUUUCUAUCCGAAAAGAUGAUAAGAGUGCGUCGGCUAGUUCUGAGUUAAUCUAUAACUCGCCAACCUUUUUAGGAAUCUCUUCUCAGAUCUGUCGGAUAAUUAGUCACGUGGCUCUUCUAAGUAGUGUAUCUUUGGCGGCUGUAAUUGCCUCUUUGGUGGUAAUGACUGGUAAAGAGCUGAACUGGGGAGCAAUUUCUCCUUUUGGCUUUAUUCUACUUGGGCUGAUCUACUUGCCUAUUGUACGACCUUGGGGUGAUGCUGAUUUCCAAAAAACUCCUAAGCAAAGAUGGUUAUCUUAUGGUUUGUUGUUACUUUUAGAUUUGCUAAUUGUCGGAUGCGUUGUGGCAGUAAUGAUUUAUAUCUUUGAAAUUAAGGCUCUACGAAUUGGAGCACGUAAGAACUAUGUGUUUGGUAUUAUUGUGUCUUUCAUUAUCGGUAUGCUUUUUGCGCUGCCGGGUAUGUGCAGCCACAAGAAUCCUAAAGUCAAUUCUCGGCGAAUGCUUUACACUUUUGUGAUCAUUGCUGGUAUGACUACCCUAGCUAUUAUGAUGGUUCUUUUGGUACGUACCAACUACUUAAAUGCUCUGAUUAAGUCGGGUGCUGGAAAAGGAGGUCAAUAA